AUGGAAGAAGAUAUUGUUUCAAUGUCAACUCUUCUGGUGAACGGUAAAUACGAAGACUGCAGUAAAGUCGGGUUAAACCCUUUCUGCAAGCUUAACCCAGUUCCAGAGGAUGACACAGGGGCUAGUCAGGCCGUGGAAGAAGAGGAGGUGUCUCGCUCUUCCGGUGACUCGUCUCAGACCCAAUUUCCGGCCUUCAAGACUGCCCCUGGUGGCCAAGCCAAGUCCAAGAAGGCCAAGGUAACUAAGCCGGUGGAAAACCCACCAGUCCUUGCAUCUGAACCGGCCAUGCCAUCUUCUCCACCAUUGACUGAAGCUCCAGAAGACCUGCCUGUCAACGCUGAAGACCAUCUGAAUGCCAACGACAUAUUAUCCGGCUAUCUCAGCCAUGUACACUCCAGCCGUGACUCAGAGAUCGAAAUGGUCAAGCAGUUGCAGCUGAAGUACGAGGAAACAUUGAGAACCAACUUGGCCGCCAAGAAGAAAACCUGGGCUGAAGAGAAAACGUUGCUGACACAACACGCCGAGAAAGCUGAAGCAGCUCUUGAAGAGGUUACUUCGGAGCUGACCUAUUUAAAAGACCAGGUGUCUCAAAUGGUGUCCGCUAUCUUCGGUCCACGAAGCAAGAACCUGAGCCAAGACAAUGUGACUAAACUAAAGGCGGUGUAUACUUUAGUAGAACAAUUGUUGUCCCAUGCUUUUCCUCCCCAAUCCCGAAGCCACCGCCACCCGCUCUUCCUUGUUGUUCGGGAGCUUGUCCCAUCGCCGCCAGAUCCCUUCUUCCUCGGGAUUUCUCUCUCUCGAUCCACCCAACCAUACAACCUCCAUCUUCCCCGAUCCAAAAAGCCUCCACCUCCUCCCUUUGAUUCGUCGUCGUGCCCGCCUACAGAUCAAGCAGGAGGCUCGAUCCCCAGCCACCUCUCUGCCCGAACUCCUCCUCUGCUCCCAGACCCAGGCCGCUGUCUGGCCUCGCCUGCCGGCAACCAGCUCCUCGGUGGAAAAGGCGUGGCAGCCGCCUCGUCCCGAAGCAAGCUCGCCGGUGUUCCUCGCCGUCGUCGCGCCGGAGCCCGAGGAGUUUGCACCGUCCAUUCCCGCGCCCCGCUCGUCCCGGAGUUCCCUGCUUCGCCAAGACCACCGACGCUGCUUCGCUCGAGCGACCGCAGCCUCGGGAGGAGCCUGAGAGCCUCCUCCUGCUCGACCCUGCCGCCUCACUACGGACCUCAUCCAGCAUGGACCUCGCCGGAGCUCCGCAGGAGCUCAUCGCGCGCCGACCGUCCCGAGCUCCAAUCCGCGACUCCCCUUGCCGGAUUUGAAGCCAGGCACCUCCCCGUGCUCAGUUCUGCCCGUUCCGGCCGGUUCCCGUCGACCCUGUCGCCAAGACCCUUGUCGUUGUCUUCUCCAUUGCCAUGGCUCUGCUCCUGUUUCUGUUUCUUCAGGAAUGAGAAUAGCAGCAGCUCGUCUCGCACGCGUUGACCGAGCAGAGGGCUAGCAGGCCCAGCUGCGCGCCCCCUGCCGGCCUCCCCUCUCCACCAGCCGGGCCUUGGCCCAUGUGAGCAACGCCCAGCCCCUAUCCUGUAUUUGUUGGGCUAGGUGGUUUCAGCCGAUGGGCGUGUUUUUUUCCAGGACGAAUUUACUAAUUUUUCCUUCACAUGCAUAAUUACAGAUUAAUGCCAUCAUUUUAAAAUGCUCACACCUAAACAACCAUGCACCGGUUAAAAAUAAAUUAUAUAUGUAACUUGACUAGAAUUUCAUAUAGUUUCACAAUAUCCAACUUUCAUGCAUGUUAAAAAUGCUUAAAUUGUUGUUUGUUUAAAUUUGUUCAAAUGCCAUGCUAAAAUGCUUUAUUUCAUAACUUAAUAACCGUAGCUCCAAAUUUAAUAAACUUUAUAUGUAAA